UGAGUCACGUUCAUAAACGUGAUAUGUCUCGUGCGUAAAACUCUGCUCAAUGAAAACAAUUCAUCUUCGAUUCACCAAUCGAUUCUCCAUCACCAAUGUUUGGAUCUUCAAAUACAUCGACCGGAGGAUUAUUCGGUGCCAAGCCAGCCGGGUUGGCUCCACCCCAAACUGCUACUCCUAGCGGUGGAUUAUUUGGUGGCGGCAGUAACACUUCGGGUGGCCUCUUUGGAAACAACACCAAUAAUGCCAACACUGGUGCCACCAAUUCAGGUGGACUUUUCGGUAAUGCCAACAACAAUACGUCCACUGCAAACACCUCGGGAGGUCUCUUCGGAAACAACAAUUCUGCAAACAACUCUGGUGCACAACCCGCAUCUGGUGGGCUUUUUGGAUCAAAGCCCAGCACCGGGGGAGGACUCUUUGGAAACAACGCUGCCAACACCAAUACCUCAACUGCCCCUAGUGGGGGCCUUUUUGGAGGUGCAAGUAACCCUCCUGCCAACAAUGCCACCACCACAGGAGCUCUUUUUGGUAGCAACAAUAACACGAAUACCUCAACAGGCACAGGUGGAGGUCUUUUUGGUGGUAACAACAAUACAUCCACCAAUGCUUCCGGUGGGCUCUUUGGAAGUAACAGCAAUACAAAUACCACGACCAACACCUCGGGGGGUCUUUUUGGUAAUAAUAACACUACUUCCACAGGUGGAGGACUUUUUGGAGGCUCCAACAAUAACACAAGCACCUCGGGGGGGUUGUUUGGUGGAAACAACAAUACUUCUGGUGGAUUGCUUUCAAAACCGGCUACUGGAGGACUCUUUGGUGGUUCUAGUGCUAACACUGGUGUAACCAACUCAGGAGGUUUAUUCGGCUCCAGUGGCCAGACAGGAGGGCUUUUCCUGCAGCAACAGCAGCAAAACCAGCAACAACAGCAGCAGCAACAACAACAGCAAAUCACGGGUAUGACCAGAGUAGGUGAUCUCCCUCCUGCCAUGAAACAAGAAUUGGAACAAUUCGACAAAUACAUUAACACCCAACACUUGAUAGCAACCACGUUACAAGCGGACUUAUCCAAGCAUGACUCCCUCAUAGACACGAUACCGAAGGAUAUUAAUUACUUGCAUAAUAAGUUAUUGUCGACGAAGCAAGCUCUCAAGUUUGACUCUAGCCAGCUUGCCAACCUCAAGCAAUUGAAUAAUGAACUCACUGAAGAUAUAACGAAAAUUUUACAAUUGAUUUUGCAAUUGAGCACCCCUGGAACCCGCUUAUCUUCGUCAUACCAAUUAAACGAGUUUUUCAUCAAAAAGAUCAAAAAGUACUACGAAAUAUUAAACAGCUAUGAGUCUUUAGUGGCGGAGUUGGACCUCAUAUUGAAUGGCUUAGAAAGGCUGUGUACUGAAGGUUUCGGCAACUUGUUCAAUGUUGUUCAAGUAAUCAAAUCACAGUACAACCUCUUCAUGGAAUUGUGCGAGACCAUGGCCCAAUUGCAUAAUGAGUUGACCAAAAUAAUUAAGUAGCCUACGAGCUGUUAAAUAGAGUAUGUAAUAAUCUAGAUUUCAUUCAUAAGAUCACGUGUAGUUAGAUCCCGUGACCCAGUUCCCCAAGCACAUCUCUCCACCGUAAAUUGCA